CUGAGGCGGGCGAGGGACGGCGCUGGUCGCUGUCCUGGGUCUUGGAGACGCCGGAGCCGGUGGCGCUGCCAGCCCUGCCCACCGGCGAGCCGAGGAGCGGCGCGGCAUGGACUGAGCGGUCCGCCGGGGUUCAGGGCCAGGGCCGGGCAGCCGCGGGCGCUUGCCAUGGGCCACGCAUGACCAUGGGGUCGCUCGGCUCCCGCCCGCCUUUCCGCCUGCUGCAGCGGCUGCUUCUGGUCCUCGUCGUCGCCCGGCACCGACCCCUCCUGCGCACUGGAGCCGCGGCCGCGGCCGAGGCCAAAUUCGGCUGCCUCUUUGAAGAUGAUCUCUGCAAAACUUAUGAAAUCUGUGUAAAUGAUGGAGUAUUUGGGAAAUGUCAACGAGUACCAGUGAUAGAUGUAAACAAGUAUGAAGUUUCACCACUGACUCUCCAGCGCUUGAGAAUUGUCUUAGAGAAGCUGCUGCACAGAGGUUUUACAUGGCAUGAUGAUUAUACACAGCAUAUUAUUGCCCGUGAACUUUCUAAUCUCCCUAAGACCCAUGACUGGCAUCUGGAAACAUUCUCAUCUGAAGAUCCUGAUUCACCCAGGAUUUCAGAACAGGGGCCUGUCAGGAAUUUGGAAAAGGAUGUGAACUUUGCCAGUUCUCCCCAACAAUACCUUGCUUACCUGGAUAUUCUUUCUCAGUCUGGAGCUCCAAAUUUAUAUUCAACAAUAAAUGCCAACAAAUCCCCUUUUAAGGUUGGCAACAUACCACCAAGGACCAUGAUCAACUAUAUGAUGCAGAGUUCUAAAGGAAAAACACCUGCUAUGAUCUAUUCAGUUCCAGCCCAUUCAAAGUAUAUUGAAAACUUUCCUGCAAGGACUUUCAGCAAAUCACAGAUGGGUACUUUUCUACUAAAGCCUGAAGAACAAUUAGACAGGAAAGGUCUACUGGUGGCACUCAAUGCAUACAUCACUCAGAAAUUGUCAGCCAAAAACCUUGAUAGACUUUCAUCAGUUAUCAGGACUAAAGACACUUCUUCCUAUGGCAGUAGGGUUAAGCCUCUUCACAUUGACCACCUUGAGGGAACAAUAUCCAAAGAAAAGCUAGGAGGAUUUGGGAUGAGACCACAGCUCCUACAGAGGCCAGUACCUGGAUUGGUGUCUGGGUCUACCCAGAAUGAUUUGAAGCUUCCCUUAACUCCAAUAGAUGAAAUAUUUAUUCAAGAUGUUCUGAGGGACCUGAAGAAACAUCAUGUGGAUGUAGAUAAGUUGAGCUCACUGGAGCUGGACAAGAUGGCUGAUAUAAUUGCUGAAGCUAUUCAAACCGUUGAUACAAACGAAGAAAAGAACAAUGCUGCUGGCAAGGUUGAAGGGGAGAGAACUGAAACAGGAGUGGAUGCUGCAGGAAAAAACGAUUAUGAGAUGGGAUUAAUGAAUGAAGGUUUUCACAUGCAAGAUGAGAGAGCAUGGAACACUAAUGCCAAGGCUGAAAAAGAGGAGGACCACUUAGGUUCAAAGGUCCCCGAUUACCUGAGUAAGAAUAUGGUAACUGAAAAUCUUCCUAGGGCAUAUUUGUCCAAAGAAUCCUUUAAAACAGAAAUGAAGAAAUCAGAGGAUUUAGAUCUCUCUUCUUCAUCUGAAGAAGUAAAGGUUGGGAUUGAAAAUGUGAAGAGUGAAACAUUCUCAAGGGAACUGAUAGCUGAAAAGAAAGCAGAGUCCGAGCCCAACUCCAAGGAGCUAACUGAGCUUCAUCACUGGAUUAAGAAUACUUGGCUUCAAGAUGAAAGUGUGUAUGAAGCAACUCAGGAAAAGAUGGGAGAAGGCCUCAAGUUAGAUGCAAAGUCUUCUAAAGAGGAAGAAUAUGGCUACAUUGUGACAGAGAAAGACCCACUGAGUGAGGAAAAAGGUUUGGACUUAAUAAAGGAAGUUGCCAGUCUUCUGAAGCUCCAGAUGACAGCAUUUGCUGAUAUCAACAUGCUGGGGCCAGCUGUGACCUUCAAAGUGCACCCAAAUGCCCUCGGUAUCACCACUGCUGAUGUUGUCAGAGCAGCAGCUGACAACAAAGAUAUGCUUGAAAAAGAUACGGGACUGAAAAUAUUGAGGAUUGGCAUGGAGAAGAAAAACAAACUGGAAUUUUUGUCCCGCCAUGCUCAGGAAGAGGAAGACACCACCAAAUUUAUUAUACUGACACUCCUCUCCGUUGCUUGCAUUUUGGGGGUCCUUAUGACUUCUGGAGCCAUCUACUGCCUCCGCCAUGGCUCUCAUCACAAACUAAAGGAGAAGUUGACAAGCCUAGGCUCUGAUACCAGCUCUGAUGCUACUGCCACUUAUCAGGAACUAUGCCGUCAGCGUAUGGCAGUGAAAACAUCAGAUCGUUCAGAGCCUCUACAGGCUUCUCGUAUUAAUAGCAUAUCUUCACAGUGUAGUGAUGGACCUAUUCCAAGUCCUUCUACUCGAAGCAGCACUUCAUCCUGGUGUGAAGAACCAGUCCAAUCUAAUAUGGACAUCUCCACUGGUCACAUGAUAUUGGCCUAUAUGGAAGACCAUUUGAAAAACAAGAAUCGUCUAGAGAAAGAGUGGGAAGCACUUUGUGCAUAUCAAGCUGAGCCUAAUGCAACUACCAUUGCACAUAAGGAAGAAAAUGUCCAGAAAAACCGCUCUCAAGUUUUGGUAGCAUAUGAUCAUUGCAGGAUAUGUUUGAAAGCUGAAAACAGCCAUGACAACUCAGACUACAUCAACGCAAGUCCAAUUAUGGACCAUGAUCCUAGAAACCCUGCAUAUAUAGCUUCUCAGGGUGCAUUGCCUUCUACUGUCACAGACUUCUGGCAGAUGGUCUGGGAAAACGGCUGUGUUGUUAUUGUCAUGCUGACACCCCUUGCCGAAAAUGGAGUCAAACAGUGCUACCACUAUUGGCCAGAUGAAGGGUCAAAUCUCUACCAUAUCUAUGAGGUAAAUCUGGUCUCUGAGCACAUCUGGUGUGAAGAUUUCCUUGUAAGAAGUUUUUACUUGAAAAACCUUCAAAGCAAUGAGACUCGGACAGUAACCCAGUUCCAUUACCUUACCUGGCAUGAUCAGCAAGUUCCUGCAUCCACAAGAUCCCUUCUGGAUUUUCGCAGAAAAAUAAACAAGUGCUACAGGGGUCGUUCUUGUCCAAUAAUUGUGCAUUGCAGUGAUGGUGCAGGAAGAGCUGGAACCUACAUCCUCAUUGACAUGGUUCUCAAUAAAAUGGCCAAAGGUGCUAAAGAAAUUGAUAUUGCUGCAACUCUGGAGCAUUUGAGAGAUCAGAGACCUGGAAUGGUCCAGACAAAGGAACAGUUCGAGUUUGCCCUGACGGCAGUUGCAGAAGAAGUGAACGCGAUACUCAAAGCACUUCCACAGUGAGCAGCCUGUUGUCUCUUGAUCGGAGGUUCCCCGUGUGGCAGGGUGGUCCCUCUGUUUCAUUAUUCUUGGUCCCGGUGAACGUUGCUGGAAACGUGACCUGCUCUUAAUUGUUUGUCUGCUGUUGUAACCACAUAUGGAUUGGUUCUUUACAAAUUUCUAUUGCCAAUUUAAGUUCCACCAAGAUGGGUAUAUUGUUCUUGUUGUGAUUUCCAGAAAUAAUAAUACGCCGAGACCUUGAGUGACAAGAACAAUCCCUCUACUGCUUUUACAUCGGUGGAGUCCUAAAUUUCACACUCGGAAAGCACAUGCACACCUUGUUAAUAGAAAAUACACACUGUUGUAGAUAAGCAGUGCAUUCAGUGUAUCUCUGGCAACAUAGCGUUCUCUUACAUUUUUUGCAACUUUUCCAAAACUGUAUAAGGGGGGGGGGCUAAUUUUUUUUUUUAAGCAUUGAGAUUGUUCUUACAAAGGCCAAGCAAGCCCACCAUACAGUGCCCCACAUUUUCAUAAACACAAGUCCGAUUUCGUAUAUAAUGAAACUAUGCCUUUCAUGCUGUGUCUUGGCAAGCUGAUGUUUUUCAGGUUGUUUUUUUUUUCACUUUUCAACUUUCUGUAAUGAAUAGAAGCAAAUCUUAAGCUCUAAGUUCAGGGCUUGCAUGAUUAUAGCAACUAUGGGGGAGAUGUUGGUUGUGUUAGCAGGAGCCCGAAUUUCCAAAAAGCACAACAAACUUUUAUUGUGCGUUGCUGCCCUAAUGGGAAGAAGGGAGGCAGAAUAAUUUAACCUCAACAGAUUUUUAAAAGCCCUCUGCUGACAGCUUGUUGAAAGCUGAUUUUCUUUCUAUUUUUAUAACUUAACGUUAUCUUUUUAAACAAUCAAAUAUGUACACUGUUUUUAAAGAUCUGAAAAGAGAUUCUUCUAGUAGCUUCUUAUCUGAUUUGAAUUGCUGGCAUUGUUAUUCUAAACUAUGGCAAAUUCUUUGAUAUAUUCCUGAAUUUGCAGAAUAAUUUAAACCUGAUAUUAUUUGCCUUCCCUUCCAAUUUCAAUUCUUUAUCACUUAUAUUACUUGCAAGUGAAUGAUUUCAGGACUGCUGCCAUUGUCUGUAAAAUAGUCUGAUAACUCUCUGUGAAACAUACUUACAAAGGGAACAUUUAGGCUCCUCUCCUAAUUGGUCCUUUGCACAUGCAGAAAUAUGUGCAAAAAGAUUUCCAUGUGCGUAGCAUUUGUUGAUUCAAGAGGAUGGAAACAAGUUGAUGGGACAUGUCUUCAUUUAUCUGAAGUGUAAACUAAAGAAAAAUACACUUCAAUUACUGUAUAGUGUGCUAGCUAUUAUUAUUUGUUUUAAGGCUUCUGGCAUUUGUUGUGAAUUUCAUUCCAAAGUGUGUGUCUGUACAUUUCCAGGAAAAUCACAGCAAUUUGUGAAUUAAAUUAUAUGUUGCAAUUCUUGGGCACAAUCCAUCCAACAGUUUCACUGGGGCUUACAAGUAUUCACCAAGCACUGCUAUGAUUUCUUCUCUCUUUGCCCUUGCAAGCUCCAAUGAAACCCAUGGGAGACCUGUAGCAGCAGCAAGUGGAGUGUUCAACCCACUGUCUCUACUGUUCAGUGUAAGCUUAAAUGCAACCUUCUAGUAAUUAAAGAAUUGUUUCAAAAAGCUUC